AUGCGUACCUUGACCUACGAGCAGGUGAAAAGGUCUGUGCUGGCUGGGAGCUCGCCACGAAUCACUGGUAGUCAGUAUGUUGCCUCUUUCAAUUGGCUGGAGGACAACGUACCAACGAUGAUUGUGCCUGGUAAUAUCCCCUCUCAUCACCAAAAGUCCGAGAGGGAUUCUGAUUUUGAUCCAGGUUUGCCUCCAAAGUGGACGCCACAUGAGAGCCCGCCGCAGCUUCAGGAGGACGCUGGCGAAUACUAUCGUGAUAUCAAUGCUGCACAGUAUUCGAAACACCCUCUCGAAGCCGCCGUUUGCGCAGUCCUGGCUCAAACCCCUGACAUUGCCACGACGGAAGUCGACUUGUUCGCGUGCGGUAGCACCUUGGGGAACCUGCUGCGAUUCUCGCGUCGAGCUGACAAGACAUUUCGCUUCAUCGUGGAGGCCGUAGGCGAAACAGUGUUCUUCGUCCGGCGCGAGAGUAGCCCAACUGAGAAGAUCCUUGACGUCCGCGGGUACGGUCAUUCGAUGCCCGAUGCCUACACAUCUCUUGACGACUGCGUAAAGAAGUCUGUCUCACAUCAGCGGCUUAUCAAGUACGAUCUUGGCGGCUUUGAGUGCAUAGUGCGCCACGAGGGAGACGGAUAUCUUGACAGUCACAUUGGCAAAUCGAGCCCCGGAGGAGGGCAUCCUUUACUACCAUCUUCGCAAGGUCUUCGGGUGAUGGGUGGUGGGAAGGUGAUCCCACAAGAAGCCAUUUUUGACAUCAAGACACGUUCGUUUUUCAGAAAGAGCCACGAUGUGCUUGCCGGCGAGCUCGAUCGACUCUGGUUGAGGCAGAUCCCAAACUUCAUCUUAGCGUACCAUCAGAAAGGCGUGUUCAACGACAUCGAAGUGAUGGAUGUCAGAGAACACAUCGCCAAGUGGGAGGCAGAGCACGAGAGCGACAUCCGCAUCUUGUCAGCACUGAUGGGGGAGAUUAUUGCAUAUGCGAGGGAGCGCUCGGGGACAUCGUUUGAGGUCUGCUCGCAACAGCUCGGCAUCCUGGAAUUCCGACAUGUACGAGGACACGUCAACCUAGCUCUACCAGUAGACUUGAGGCAGACUUGGUCGCGCGCCGUUAGGGGUGACAACGACGACACGGGCGAGGAGGAUCUGGAUGCAGAUGCGGACUCAGACGCCGAGGACGGUGUAGGUAUUGAUUCGGGCGAUGAUGAAGCCGAACCAGACUAUACCGCGUGCUCUGCUGAAGACUGUGGCUACUGCGGCCAGUGUAAGUAUUGA